GGACGAAUCUCAUCCGGGUAGAGGCCUAGGGUUUACCAUCAGGAAUCUGUUUCGUUCCCCAUCGUUGUCCUCCCCAUCUUCGCGGCCACGAAGAUCUCUUCUUCGAAGGGGACGCAGUGUGAUUGAUAGCAACAGAAAUUCGAUUGACCCCACGAAACGUGCUUCAGCCCCUCCAAUGAAUGAUAAUCAUACCCGCGAACCAGUAGCGAUGAUUGGACCCGCGGAAUCGUCUACUGUCGGUUGCGACAUCUUCGUAUGGUACCCGCGCUAUCAGAAUUGUCAGCGAUACUUCUUGGAUGAUGCGCAACACAGCGUCCCUGUUCAAGCGCUUUCCGCUUUUCUGAACAUUCGUCUUCCAUUCCAAUGGGAAUCCAACCCGGUUGCAAGCUCGAGCUCGAGCUCGUCUACCAAUCACUCUCCAACAAGCGCCAACCAUACCCCUUCGGAUUCACCUGGCCCGUCGACAGUGUCCCCUUCUGUCUCGCUGAUCCCUUAUAUUCGUCGCCUCGUGGCUACUGGAAUGGAUUUUCCGGGGGUGCUUCAAGGAUUCUUCGGGAACGAAUGGGCCGCCGGCAUCGGUCCUCUGCACGAACAGGAGAGACGCAAUUACCUCUUCGCCGCCAAAAGCGGGGGAUGGGCAGCUGUGAAGAAGGAUUACGAUAUCGCUCCACUGGAGACCAUUCCAUUCUUACGCCCAUUGCAGGGACCGCUGGACUCCGAGAUCGAGGCCGCUGAGAGGAGCUGGAGUGACUGGCUUGCCAUGGAGGACUGGAUGAUCGGGCCUCGAGCGCCCGAUGCCCUUCGCGAUUCAUCUUCUAACAUGUCACGAGCGCAGAGCUCACGUGGCUGAGGCUUCUAGUCCCUCGAUCCAAAUCUUCUCUCAUUUCCUUGCCUCCUCUUGCUCCAUUCUGCAUCGAUUCCCAGGUUUGACUUCUACAGGUUGAACAAUACCAAACGACUAUGGGCGGCAGUACGGUGCUUGGGGAACUCAUAGCGAACCCGCCCCUAUUUUUUUUUAAUAUUUUUUCUGUUCUUCGCAUGCCUGCCAUGAGAUGACGAUCAUAUGAGUUCUUGAGCGUGAUAGACUGCUGCAGGCCCACAUUUUAGUUGCGGCUUCAACUAUUGACUACGAAGCGCACUCCUUGGCAAGGGGUAGUUAUACUUUGAUAUACACGACCUAGGACUUUUUGAAAACAGCGGCCAAUCAAUGAAUCACA